CGCCGUGGUUGUGAAGCCCCGUCUUAUCUCCUUCUUGGCCCACUUGCGUCAACUGGCCCAGCCCUUCUUUUGAUUCCUUUUCGACCCAUCUUGAGGGCCUUCCAUGAACUGCCAGUCUGCCCAGCAAAAAGCACACCGUGGCCGUGUGACCAGGCCCUCCCCUGAUGUUCAAUAACAACCACCACAACUACCUCGUGCCCGUGAAGCCCGCAACGAGGGAUGACUCGCGGAUCCCUCGUGCUCACGACACACAGCUUCCUCGUGGGGAAUGCAGUUUCCUUCUGCCCGCCGCAACCCUCGGCGCUGCACGGGAGCGGUGCUCAUGCCGUAGCUUCUUCCCGGAUUCGCUGAUCCGCUCGCAAUGCGGCUGCGGCCACCAGGCCUGGCAUCACGAGCCGGAACCAGUCUCCACUGCCCUGGCAGAGCAGCAUGAUCUUAUCGUAGCCGAGCUGAAGCGUUUGAGAGAUCAAGUCAGGAAGCAUGAGCAUCUCGAGCAUCAGCUCAAGCAGGAGCUCUUCAAGGAGCGAAUGGCAAGAGAAGAGCACUUCCGCACCUACAAGGGCAUCGAAGCGCGGAUGUAUGCCAACAUGCAGCAUCUAAAAGUGCACAUGGACGACAAGGUCGAGGCAGUCGUGGACAAGACUCAGGAGUUCAAUGACCAGAUGAAGGCCAUGCAAGAGCGGUUGACCCUUGUCGACGAUGUCACUAUGGAACUUGAGAACAGGAUAGAUCGCAUGGAACUGAGCAACGGGACAUCCAGAGAACCAACACCCGGAGCAGUAACCCCAAAGCCUUUGCUCUCAUCACCCCAAUCGGUGCCUCCUGUACCUUCAUUACCGCUACUCAUGCAGUCGCAAUCCAUACUGGGCCAACUCCCAAUUCGCAACGACAAGAAGUAUCCACUAUCAUGGAGCGCGCGAGUCAUCUUUGUUCCGCGUAAAGGCCAGAAGUUUGCCUACGAUCCAGAUAGUAAUGGCUACAAGCGCUGUGCCACGCGCAAGCUACAGCAGAACAUGAACUUCCCCAGUCAGGACAGUUCGUGCUUUGCGAAUUGCAUCGAGACAACGUUCAAAGGCAUCUUACGUGGUCGACCAUGGAUGCCAAUGACAGCUCACCGCCCUCAAGACGAGCCUUUCGGGCGGAUGGCCCUUGCGCUGCUUCCCUCGGAUCUCACCCACCGUGGCGUUUGGGACUACCCUUUCCUUGAGGACCACUGCAUUGCCCACGACAAGAUGCAGGGCGAUGUACUCUACAUUACCCUACAGUUCGAAGACGUGACCUGGAACGAGAUCCGCUUCUUGCCCGCAAUCCUCGGCGCAGACGACUCCUGCUGGAAGCACGACGAAGAGUUGGACGGCACCGCCAAAUACAAGAGCCUCGAUUCGGAAAUAAUGUACGAUUACCAGGACCCUCCACCCACCUAUUCAUCCCGAACUCACUCGAUGGCGGAUAGGGCGCCCUCGAAACUGGAUGUCCUUGCCGAUUCCGCCUCGCUGCUGAGCCCCAUCGAGCGUGUGCAGACGCACUCAAGCCACUACUCCUCCGAGCGCAGCAGCCUGCGCAGCUUCUCCACCGAAGAAACGAGGAGCUUCGAAGGCACUGAGGACGACGAGCAUUGCGACAAGAAGCCCAAGCUCAGGUCGAAGCACUCGAUGCCUGGGGCCAACGGCGCGGGCCACGCGCCGCAGCCCAUCUACCUCUCCGGCCGCUCGAAGCGGAAGAUGCCCGUCCGCGAGAAGGGCACCAAGGAGCCAUUGCACUUCAAUGUGUCAAAUGUCACUAAAUGGCGGCCGAACCUCCUGCAUCCUUCGUCGAAGGGCAAGGAAGCCAUUCAGGAGUGAGCGCUUCGUGCAAUGUACCACCAUUCACCCAUUUCUUUUGUCCCUAUCUCAAGAUUUCUAGUUGCUCAUAGGC